AGUUACUUAAGUACGUGGCCCAGUCUCCGGAAAUGCGAGCGAGAGAGGUGACGGAGAAAUUACAAAGUGCAUGACAAAUAGUUGAUGGUCGUGAGGAAUUUGUUGUUGUUGCAAUAUUGCUGAAUGGCUUCUCUAAAUAUCGAUAGUUGGACUCCUAAUGAUGUUGCUCGUUGGAUACAAGGUCUUGGAGCUCAGUUUGAAUCAAGCUCAGAAGGUUUUAUUGAAGAGGAGAUUAAUGGAAAGGCAUUGCUCACUAUUAAUGUUGAAUACCUUAGUGAACUAUCGAUAGAGAACACUGCUGAUCAAAAUGCUGUUUUGGAUGCAGUUCAUUGUCUUGUUGAAGUUGAGUCUUGUCUUCAAAGUGAAACAGUUCAUGGUCAAGUGAUUAUUGUGAGUAAUGAAACAAAGAGCCUGAUAGAGCAACUUGAGAAAGAAAGUUCCAAUGCGGGUGACCAGGAUGUAAGAACUAGUGAAAGCUCAAUGAAAAUGGCUGCUAGUGUUUAUCAUUUGGCAAAGAAGCUUUUGUCUUGGCUUUUAAGAUCUCCAUUCUCAGAAAUGAAUGCAUGUUGGCCUUUUAAAGACACAAUUUGUCGAGUAGUUCGUGAUAUGACUGAUGAGAGUUUACUGAAAAACCGAGAAUAUUUGAAGGAAAAUUUGACCAAGCUUCAAAGGUCCUUUGAUACCUUUCUAAAUGAAGAACCUUUACAUGAAGUAUUCAAGCAACAUCCGAUACUGGUUGAUGAAGAAUUUGUUUUAGAAGGCGAAGGAUUGGGUAUAGGGAUCACAACAUCCAACCUUAUACAUACAGUAAAUUCUGUGGCAACAGAUGUAAGUUUAUGAUGAAAUUUAAUGUAUCCUUUGUAGGACAUUUCAUGCUUUGAAGCCAUUUUUUUGUAGUCACCAGCUGGGAAAAAUGGCAAUAUCAAAAGUGGUGAUGAGAUAGUCAGUGUCAAUGGACAGUGUGUGAUUGCUUGGCCACAAAAGAAUGUUGUCAGUCUAAUGAAAA